AUGAAGUCUGUCUGCCAGCUGCUCAGCUUACUGUUCGUAUUCGGCAGUCUGCGCGUGGACGAGCUCGAGGCUUGUUCAUGCGCGCUCACGCACCCACAGGACGCGUUCUGCAACUCUGACAUCGUGAUCAGAGCCAAAGUGGUGGGAAAGAAGCUGCUAAAGGAAGGCCCGUUUGGCACCAUGCGCUACACAGUCAAACAGAUGAAGAUGUACAAAGGAUUCAACAAAAUUCAUCAUGUUCAGUACGUUUACACAGAUGCCUCAGAGAGUCUGUGUGGAGUCAAGUUUGACAUUAACAAAUACCAGUAUUUGAUUACAGGUCGUGUGUAUGAUGGAAAGGUCUACACAGGACUGUGCAACUUUAAUGAGAGGUGGGAGCGUUUGUCCUUAGCUCAGAAGAAAGGAAUCAAUCAUCGCUACCAGUUGGGCUGCAACUGCAAGAUUAAGUCUUGCCACUAUUUGCCCUGCUUCGUGACAACAAAGAACGAGUGCUUAUGGACGGACAUGUUGUCUCACUUCGGCUAUCCUGGCUACCAGUCACGGCACUACGCCUGCAUCCAGCAGAAAGAGGGCUACUGCAGCUGGUACCGGGGCAUGACCACACGUGACAAAACCAACAUCAACAACACUGAUCCCUGA